CUUCUUCUCCUCCUCCUCCUGUCGUCCACUUUUCCACUGUUGCAUGUGCGCACGUCAGAGGGAGACGUUCUGCAGAGCGGCAGAAUCAGAAGAAUCCCGACAAAGCGGAGAGAUGGACCUCUUUCAUCACUGCCCCCCGUCGAACGUCUGCAGACCGCUCCACAACUCCAGCGCGUCCCCGAACUCCACCGGGGGCAACAGCAGCGCCGCCGCCGCCGCCGCCGCCGUCUACACCGAAAGCGACCUGGCGGACAUCCUCGGCCCCAAACGCUCGCCCUUCUUUCUCCCGGUGGCCGGCGUGUAUCUGCUCAUCUUCCUGGUGGGCUUGAGCGGGAACCUUCUGACGUGCGCCGUCGUGGCCAAAUACAAGAAGAUGCGCAACCCCACCAACUUGUACCUGGUCAGCUUGGCCGUGUCCGACCUCCUCAUGCUGGCCUUCGGGAUGCCCAUGGAGAUCUACGAACUGCGGCAGAACUACCCGUUCCCCUUCGGCGCCAGCGGCUGCUACGUCAAGACGUUCAUCUUUGAGACAGUCUGCUUCGCGUCCAUCCUCAACGUCACGGCACUGAGCGUGGAGCGCUACAUCGCCGUAGUGCACCCCCUCAAGACCCGGUACCUGACCACCAAGAGGCACGCCAAGCGGGUCAUCGGCGCCGUGUGGGCGGCGUCCAUGCUGUGCGCCGUACCCAACACGUCUCUGCACGGGAUCGUCUACCAACCGGGCUUCGUGAGGGAGUCGGCCAUUUGCCAAGUCCUGGAGCCGCUGUGGAGGUACCGGACGCUCAUGCAGAUCACCACCGUCUGCUUCUUCCUCAUCCCCAUGAUGGUGAUCGGCGUCCUCUACCUCGUGAUGGGCCUGCACCUGGGCAGGGAGAGAAGGCGGAGGCUGGUCACCUUCGGGAAGAACUGGGGCAGCGACGCUCGCGUGAGCGUCCACGACGAGGUCGCUCGGCGGACGCAAGUCGUCAAGAUGCUCUCCAUCGUGGUGGCGGUCUUCGGCGUGUGCUGGGCGCCCUUCCACAUGGAUCGUCUGCUGUGGAGCUCCGUGCGCCAGUGGACCGACCUCAUGCUCAACAUCUACCAGUACGUCCACAUCCUGUCGGGGGUCUUCUUCUACCUGAGUUCUGCCGUCAACCCCGUCAUCUACAGCCUCAUCUCCACGCGAUUCCGCGAGUGCUUCCGCGACCUCGUGUGCUCGCAGGUGGACGAACCCGACUCUCCCGCGCCUCCCAAGAUCUCCCUGGUCCUCCCCGCCUCCAGGGUCCAGACGGGAGGUCAGGACUCUUUGGUCCGCUUACUGUCUCCACCGACGACGCAGGACGUGGACGCGGCUUCCAAGACUUCGGUGUUCUGA